AUGCCACCGCCACCAUGCCCUCCCUCCCUUACGCAUGCGCACGCACUCCCCCGUGCUGGGCGUGCACACGCGAAGAGCCCGGCCCUGCCUCAAGCCAACCUGGGUCGCACUCACCUCGGCAUCCACACUGGGGUCUCCCUCGGGGUGGCCAUCCCCAUGCGCAUGGUGGUGUUGUGGAAGCUGGUCAUGCGCAUGGUGGUGUUGUGGAAGCUGGUCAUGCGCAUGGUGGUGUUGUGGAAGCUGGUCAUGCGCAUGGUGGUGUUGUGGAAGCUGGUCAUGCGCAUGGUGGUGUUGUGGAAGCUGGUCAUGCGCAUGGUGGUGUUGUGGAAGCUGGUCAUGCGCAUGGUGGUGUUGUGGAAGCUGGUCAUGCGCAUGGUGGUGUUGUGGAAGCUGGUCAUGCGCAUGGUGGUGUUGUGGAAGCUGGUCAUGCGCAUGGUGGUGUUGUGGAAGCUGGUCAUGCGCAUGGUGGUGUUGUGGAAGCUGGUCAUGCGCAUGGUGGUGUUGUGGAAGCUGGUCAUGCGCAUGGUGGUGUUGUGGAAGCUGGUCAUGCGCAUGGUGGUGUUGUGGAAGCUGGUCAUGCGCAUGGUGGUGUUGUGGAAGCUGGUCAUGCGCAUGGUGGUGUUGUGGAAGCUGGUCAUGCGCAUGGUGGUGUUGUGGAAGCUGGUCAUGCGCAUGGUGGUGUUGUGGAAGCUGGUCAUGCGCAUGGUGGUGUUGUGGAAGCUGGUCAUGCGCAUGGUGGUCAUGAUGUGGAAGGAGGCCAGCUGCUGCGUCGCUCCCUCUGCCCAGCACUCGCACGUCCCACAGGCUGCCGCGGUGGAAGCACUCAAAGACUGGCGUAUGGGAGGAGGGAGGGAGAGCAGCGUAGCAUAG